UUGCUACAGGCAACACAAUACUCUCGCCAGCUCCGAGGUCGGUCGGUAAUCGUAUCGUUCAAAUGAACGAACGACUCGUCGUAUGUCUCAAGACUAACAUAAAUCAAAUCCGAGCGAAUGUUAUAAUAUGGUUCAGGACACAGGUUCAGGAUGACGCACUGGCUAAUAACGCCAGUUACUCGAAUCCCUUAAACACGUUGGUUUUAACCGCGGUUUUGUUGCGAAUUGUUUAUUUUAGAAAAGCGCGUAUAUUUUUUAUUUUUAUUAUCACUUAAUAAUUGGUGCUUUUUCUGAUAACCAAACUCGCUUGAACGGAUCGGUAAAUAUCAAUCCAAAAUGGUAAAUACCAUUUUCAUUUGCUUAUUUCCUUGAAUUUGAUUAUGGUUACGUUCAAAAUGGCGGAUAAUCAUACGUAAUGCGAGGUUGUUUUAUCUUAUACAUCCGUACUAACCGUACUUAAUGCCUCCUUUCAUUUCUUGUUUUGUGAUUGCAAAUUAACUUUGUUUUGUCCCAGUUUUGACAAAAAUAGAAAUUGUAAUAUUCCAUUGCUCUGUUAAAUGUUUAUUUUUUCGAAAUGUUUGGAGUACCGGAUGAAAAACUGCCAGACUUCUGUAGAGAUGAACAAAGGGUUAACGUUUUAUUCGCUCCUUUAAGAAGUCGCCAAGCAAAUCCCAAAGAUUGGGAAACAAAAAUAUCACAUUGGAAAAUUUGCAUUAGAGCUUAUUGUGAAGCGAACAAAGUUUACUCUUUCACAUUAUCAUCCUUCACCAGUGUGUUUGUAAGAAAUGGUAGACCUCCGAGCUGUUUAAAGGAAGUGCUAGAGGAUAUGAAAAAUAAUGGUGAAAUUCAGUUGUUAGAAAUUUUCCUUAGGAGAAAUAAAAGUACUUGGAGCGGCUGGGCCACUGAUGUCCUGAUAAAAAGACCAUUGCUGUGGUCAUAUAAUAAGCUCAAAGGAUCAAUUACCUUGAAUAAGACAGAAGAAACGUAUGUACAUUUAGAACUAGUCAAGUCUCAGUCAGAGGAACUGCUAAAGAGGAUACCAGAGAAGAUGAAGAAUAGAGUUGUUACUCUAAAAGAAUUGGUGAAUCUUUUAGAAAAUCAAAGAGUUGAAAACAUCAAGUUACUAUUACAUUAUUUAGAAAAUACGCAACAAAUAUCAGUUGCCAUCGAUAAUGGAAAGGACCAGUUAGAAUCUUUGCUCAUAAAAUUUGGAGAUGGCCAUAAGGUAUCACCGAUAUCUGAGGCUGAUAUGGGAAUACAUACAUUGGAAAAGAAUGAAACAAUAUUGACUAAACAGUUGGAAGCAUUGGAAGAUGAAAUAGAAGAUAUAGUCAAGGAGGCCAAAGUACAACUAACCAAAAAGCAUAGGCAAAUGGCUAAAAAUCUAUUGAGGAAGAAGCAUGAACUAGAGAAGAGGAUAGAGAAAAAAUCAAAUGCUUUGCUCAAUGUACAGACAAUCCUAGAGAAUGUCAAAGAUUCCAAUACAAAUGCCGAUGUACUUGAAGCAUAUAAAAAUGCUGUUACAGCGUUUAACAAUUCCACAAAGACCCAGGGAAUGACAGAGGAUGCUGUUGAAGAUACUAUGAUAGAACUUGGAGAUGUCAUGGAAAUCCAUAAUAACAUUCAGUCAGCCUUAGCCAGCAGGCCAGUAGCUGAUGAUUCAAAUGAUGAAGAUCUUGAAAAAGAACUUGAAGAAUUGUUAGUAGUCCCAGAUGAUGAUAAUUUCCCUAAUGAUGGAGGGCAGAUAACAGACCUCAGUAAGCAAAUGGAAGAUCUCUCACUAAAUUUACCAUCAGUUCCUAAUGAUAGCCCUGUAAAGCAGCAGGAAGAUUCUGUUAGUGUUGAGAAACAAGAAUUUUUAAAUUAGUCUGAUGGUGCUAUGUUCUUGCUUUUGUAUAAGUUACUAAACUAUCAUCAAAAGCUUGAAGAAAACAGGGGAUACAGUAGGAGAUAAUUACAGUGAGUAUCAUGUGGCGAGGUGAACAGGACAAUCAAUCAGAUGCUUCAAACAGCAAUUCAGUUAGUUGAGGACCUGAUGAUAAAGAAAAUCUGCAGUUUGUUCACUCUCCUGUAAAAAGUGAUUAAUACUAAAUUCCGCGGUUUUAACCAGUUUGUUAUGAUGUAUUGCAGUAUCACUGACAUAUGUAGUAAUCUAAUUGAGAAGCAAAACACGUGAUACAUGAUUUUAUGAUCAAUUUAUUUUUUUCUAAAUUUAAAAUCAUUUGAUCCACAGUUAAUGUCAUAAUAACACUGUUAUUUUUGCGGUAAGGAGUUUGUAUAAUGUAGGAUACACCUCUUCUAAAUGAUUUGGUACCAAACUUUUUGGUUCCCCAUGAAUGUUAUUUAUUUUCUUAUAUUUUUAUUUAUUGUUCCAAGGUGUCUAAAAUUGUAUAUAUUGCUUUUUAUUUUGUUAAUAAAUGCAUUACAUAUUAACUUAAAACAGAUUCUUUUUGCACCCGAUAAAAUGACAUCGUGAAAGUUUUCUCGAAAUAUUUAUGUACUGAAAAUGCUCACAAAAGUGUAAAUUCUCAUUAAUCCCAACAAUAUUUUCAAAAGCUAUGUGAUAUAUUUUCUUAUAUUUUUAUUUAUUGUUCCAAGGUGCCUAAAAUUGUAUAUAUUGCUUUUUAUUUAGUUAAUAAAUGUAUUAUCAACUUAAAACAGAUUCUUUUGGCACCCGAUAAAAUGACAUCGUUAAAGUUUUCUCGAAAU